AUGUCAGAAAUCACUCCCAUCACAGAAUGGCCCGAAUACAAUGUCAACCCUCAGGGCGGCGACCCAAUUACCCAGGACCUCAACGCUCCGUAUGACAAGGGCGACCUCUGCUGGAUCCUGGUGUGUACCGUCCUCUGCUGGCAAAUCACACCUGCCAUCGGCUACCUCUACGCCGGUAUGCAUCGACGAAAAGCAGCGCUCACCAUGAUCUUCCAAUCUCUCUUCUGCGCAUGCGCAUGUGGCAUUCAAUUCUGGAUCUACGGCUACUCUCUGUAUCAAUCCCAUACGACGAACCCAAUGCUAGGCAACAUGAGUCUGGCGGCUCUCCACAACGUGCUCGCCCAACCUUCACUCGCCAACAGCGAUAUCCCAGACAUUUUAUACGCGUGCUUCGGCUUUACUUUCGUGACAGCUACGGCCAUGAUCUUGGCCGGCGCAAUGCUUGAACGUGGUCGACUUUGGCCUUCCAUGCUUUUCCUCCUCUGCUGGACCACUUUUGUCUACUACAUCCUCGCGUACUUCGAAUGGAACCCCAGCGGCUGGCUAUAUCAGCUUGGGGUGUAUGAUUUCGCGGGAUCCGGCCCCGUGCACAUCGCUAGUGGCUUCAGUGCUUUGGCAUGGAGUUUGAUGUUAGGACCCCGUCUCAGCGAACAUACCCCGGGCGAGAGGCAGAAGAUCAUCCAUUUCAAGCCUCACAAUCCAUUCCUGGUCGGCAUUGGAACCUGUUUUAUCUGGUUCGGCUGGUUUGCGUUUAACGGCGCCAGUACUGCCAACCUUUCAAUCCGCUCCAUCUACGUCGUGGUCAACACCAACCUGGCCGCUUGCGGAGGUGGUAUCGGCUGGACCCUGCUCGAAUACAUGCACACGAAGAAAUUCAGCAUCAUCGGUUUCUGCUCCGGUAUCAUUUCUGGUCUUGUAGGGAUCACUCCUGCUGCUGGAUACGUUCCCGUCUACGUCGCCGCCCUCGUCGGCCUUUUGACUUCUAUUUGCUGCUUCUACACCAACAAAUACAAGCAUCUGAUCUCGAUUGAUGAAGGGCUCGACAUUUUCGCCCUGCAUGGCGUCGGCGGUUUCGUCGGCGACCUGCUGACCGGCUUCUUCGCCGCGUCCUGGGUACCCGCUCUUGACGGGGUGUCCGGCGACUCCUACGACGGCGGUUGGUGGGAACACAACUGGAUCCAACUCGGCUACCAGCUCGCUGCGGCCACGACUUGCGCGGCCUGGUCCUUUGUGGUGUCUUGCAUCUUGUUGUUCAUCAUCAAUAAGAUUCCUGGCUGCCACCUGCGCGUGAAGGAGGAGGAGGAGCACCGUGGACUGGACUUCAAGUACCUUAACGAUGUGCAUUGGGAUCAGCUCGAAAGAGGGUCCAUGGGCGGUCUCGUCCCCGUUGGAAUGCACCAGGGCGUGCCGUUCUCGGGGUCCGGGCCCGGAAGUGAGAGCGGCUCGAAUACGCCGGAGAGAAUGAAGACGGAGGGCACUGAGCCGAGAAAGCAAGAGUAA